GUGCAAUUGAGAAACCUAGCAGAAAAGAACUCUCUACUAGGUAUUGGUGCGCUGCGGGCUUCCUGUUGGCUUCAAUAAAUAACUACAUUUCGAAUAAUAAUAAAAAUGUAGUCGCUGUAAGAAGUUACAAAGUGUCAAACAGAAGGAGCAUAAAUCAAACAAGUUGAUGAAAGUGGUUUAGGCGGUAGAAAUACAAGGAGAAAGUGGAAAGUCUAAUUAAAAAAAAAAUAUAUAUAUAUAAUAGAGGAAACGCCAUAAUUACACCAGCACCGAUUGAAUGGCGAUGGUAAAUGCUUGCUUCAUAAGAGCGCGUAAUUAUAAAAGAAUCAAAGGUCACAAAGCAAACUUUUGAAGAAACUAUAGACAGAUGCAUAGAUAAAAACAAAAUACAUGAAGCUACAAGAUAAAAAUAAGUUUUAAAAGAAUCAUUCUAAAUAAUUUAUUUUUUGGCAUGGAUAAGCUUAAUUAGCACACCUUUAUGAAGGAAAUCACUAAAGAAAUGCAUAAGCACCGAAUUUCAAAAAAAAAAAAACUGUGAUCACGCAAAAUAAUGCGCUAUAUUCGCCCACACGUUAAGCCAACCUAAAUAGCUAAUUAACUGUAUCUACAAAGAGUUUGUCCGCAGAUAAAAAAAAAAAGCUUAAGCAGCUUAAAAGACUCACAAAGCUCAAAACACUGUUAAAUUUGAGAAAGAUUUCUUAAAAAGACAGAAACUCUAUAAAAGCAGUAAAAAUUGCAAAAGCUCAAUAAGUUAGAAAAAAACUUAAAAAGUUCAAAAUAGCUCAAAAAUCUCAGAAAAAGUUUCAUAAUACGCUUCAGAAAGCUAAUAACAACGACGAAAUUUGCAUUAAAAAAAACCCAAAAAAGUAAAAGCUCUUAAAGCUCAGUAAAGCUCCAGCUCCACGUCGAGAUUACACGGAAAGUCAAAAUUUAGCACAAGUAGUUUAACUAGCAAACCAACAAAAUGCCACAGUUCAAGCCCGUACUCAUUAUAUUCCUAUUCAUGGCGACCAAGUGUCCCAGUUCGUCUUCACAAAAUCUGCAUGUUUAUACUUAUAUUACAGAACCAAAUUCACAGCUCGAUCCAGAUCCUGAGUUUUUGGGCACUAUCAAUAAUGUCACAUAUCCAGCGGGAAGAGAGGCGAUAUUGGCGUGUUCGGUACGAAAUUUGGGCAAAAAUAAGGUCGGUUGGCUGCGCGCCUCUGAUCAAACUGUGCUCGCUCUACAGGGUCGCGUUGUGACACACAAUGCUCGGAUAAGUGUUAUACACGAAGAUGCGCACACUUGGAAGUUGAAGAUCAGCAAACUGCGCGAAAGCGAUCGUGGUUGUUAUAUGUGCCAAAUAAAUACGAGUCCAAUGAAAAAGCAAAUCGGCUGUAUCGAUGUGCAAGUGCCACCCGACAUCAUCAACGAGGAAUCCUCAGCCGACUUGGCAGUACAAGAGGGCGAGGACGCCACAUUGACCUGCAAGGCGACGGGCAAUCCAAUGCCACGCGUCAUCUGGCGUCGUGAAGAUGGUGAAAUGAUUUUAAUACGCAAGUCGGGAAGUCGUGAACUGAUGAAAGUGGAGUCUUACAGUGGUUCUUCUUUGCGGUUGAUACGCUUGGAGCGUAGACAGAUGGGCGCCUACUUGUGCAUUGCAUCGAAUGAUGUGCCACCGGCAGUUAGUAAGAGGGUUUCGCUAAGUGUGCAGUUUGCACCCAUGGUACGUGCUCCUAGCCAACUACUGGGCACGCCUCUCGGCUCGGAUGUGCAACUAGAAUGUCAUGUUGAGGCUUCGCCCUCACCCGUCUCAUAUUGGUUAAAGGGUGCGCGCACUCCGAGUGGUUACGCCAGCUUAACAAGCUCGAACUUGGAAUUAGGACAACCGGGACCAGAAAUGCUUUUGGAUGGUCCCAAAUAUGGUAUAACGGAAAAACGUGACGGCUAUCGUGGAGUAAUGCUGCUGAUUGUUCGUUCAUUCUCUCCCUCCGAUGUUGGCACAUAUCAUUGUGUGAGCACGAAUUCCCUCGGCCGUGCUGAAGGCACGCUGAGGUUAUAUGAAAUUAAACUACAUCCCGGUGCUGCAUCCGUAAAUGAUGAUCACCUGAAUUUUAUUAGUGGCAUUGAAGAAGCGGCGCGCGGCAGUGCAAAUUCUCAUUCAUUGACGGCUCUACUAAAGAUCCAAUUGGCGUUUUACAUAGUAAAUUUGCUACUUUCAACGCUCAAUUCACCGAAAGCAGAAGACUGGCGGGCGUAGUUUAAGUAAGCGUAAAAAGACUAAUGCAUUUAUUUACCAUUUAUGCAUUUAUAUACAUACUUUUGCUUAGCACGUUUCUUUGUUUGUUCGUUGGUUAAAAUAAUAGUAAAAAAGAACAAAAAUGUAGUAUAAUGAAGAAAUACCGAAAUUUUCACCUAUUUUGCUGUCAAUUAAAUAUUAAAUACGAAUUGUAAAAAGUGUAUAUGCAUCUAUAUAAAUAUUAAAUUUUCAGUAUGUAUACGAAAAACUCUCGCACUCUCCCGGGGCAUUGUAGCUUGAAGGAAAUUUUAAAACGCUUCUACCGAUCGGCGUUGAGUCUGCGGGACUGCAUUUUUAUGAUUGAGUUCAAUUGCAUGAUAUUCGUUCAAUUUUUGCUGACGUUUCCAACGCCGAGCUCGAAAUCGAAAUUUCUGCAAAAGCUCUAGAGUAAAAACUUAUGACACGGUUAUUUUUAUUUUUAUUCUUAAGAUUAAACAUUUCCUUAUCUAUGAUUUUCUUGCUGAACUACUGUCAAUACUCCGUGUUGGAAUGGAUCGAGCUGUGCUUCACUUAGAUAUCAAGUGGUUGCGAAGAAAUUGAGACAUUGUGUUCAUGUUACAUUCAAACCUUUAAAAGCGACUCUGCGUCUUAUUUCCGCAAAACAAAAACAAUUUGAACAAACCAAAUAACGUAUUUUCGUUCGUAUUGAUGAAGCCAUUUACUUUCCAAGUCGUGUUCUUCAGUUGUUGUUCCAAUCAAAUUGGUUAUCGUACGAUCAUAAAGCUCCGAAUUGAAAGUGAUAGUUUCACCUCCCAGCCAAAGAGUGCACCAGAGAGUUUUUUUGGGUGCAAUUUCCUGUCCUUAAUUAUUUUACGAUACUCCUUCCUGUGCUACCAGGUCUCUGACAAGCUCAUUUAGAUCAUCUUCGCUGAAUAGAAUGCUCUGAAAUACGCUACUGCUGUAAAAAAUCAGCUUAAAGUUCACCAAAUCUCGUAAAACUAAAUCUCGUAAAGUCUGAGGCUGUUUUGAGAUCAGCGACUCAACUUACUGGACAUCACUUGAUGAAAGUCACUGCCAGUUUUUGCCAUACAUACUCGUAUAACUUCUACGUUAUUAUCUGUAAUGCUAGUUAAAACUUCCGUUGUUGUUAUAACCGUUAAAAUAUUCUCAUAAUUGAUUUUCGUGAAAUAUUGCAAGAGCAGCACGAAACACGUUUGAUUUUAGUUGCCUCUCACGACAUGCGUUCCUUACCGUUAAAAAAUUCUUGAGCGCCCAAUCCGAUGUGAUAGCUGUAAGAGUUCUCUAAACACGCUUAGGAAAAGGUGAGCUAGUCUAAGCAAUUAAUGUAGUCUAACGGGAGGUUCAUGAAACGAGCUUUUUCCAGGGACUAGGUCCAGAGGCCAAUUGGGGAUAUUAUAUAUAAAUCGAUUUUAAGGGACUGCGCAGAGAUAGUUAGUGUCAUGACGGGUUUAAUUGCAGAACAUACGUUGGGUGUGCCGCAGUCAAGUCUGGAUAUAUAUAGGAGUUAAAUCGACUACAAUAUCCAGCUCAAGCAGUCAACGGCAUAUUAGACCAAAGAAAUACCCUCUGGUUGAGUAGGGAUUUUCGAGAUGCAAAACUUAAACAUAAGCGGAGAGAGGACACCGCCUUGCAGAACCUAUUGUUUAAUUUUACGGCGCUUGGCAGCUUGUCUCCGCUAGAGACUAUACAAUUGGAUGUGUAUUUUGAGCGACUUCUUAAUCUUGGACUUUGUCCGUCGCGAGAGUUUCUUAACUUUUCUAUUCUCUACUAAGUUCAAAAACAUUAUUAUAUUUCCAGAGAGCUCGAAAAUAUUUUCAAUCUUAUGCCAUGACUGUCAAGUGUUUGACAACAGUCUAUUUAGACAGUACAAUAUGAUUCCAGCGCUAGAUUUUCGAGAUGUAAGCUAUGAAGCUGCAAAUCCUAUUUUUCCGAUUUAGUCGUUUUUUUACAAUAGUAUUGGGUUUUAUGAAGACCAGGGUUCGAAUUAUAGAAAAUUAAUUUUUCCAAUUGCCGUCACCCCAUGGCAGGGAUUGUCAGGCCCUCCGAGUGUAUUUCUGACAUCAAACAAAUAGCUCCUCGCAAAAAUCCAGCGGUCGUUCGGAGGCGGUUUAGUAUAAAUUGGAGGUCCUUCCAUUUGGUGGUAAAAUCUCAAGACGAAUGUCACAAACUGGAAGAGGAGCUCGACCGAAAGUCACUUCAGCGGUUCACAAAGCGUUAUUUAUAUAUUUAUAUAUAUUUGGUUGUCAAUAUCUAAAUUAUACGAUUGUUAGCGAAAAGAAAACUAUUUUGUUAUGAGCUAAAGGAAAUAUUUUGCCAAAAAUGAGAAAAAAAUGCAAAAAAUGGUGUGAAAUAAUAAUAGAAAAAAAAUAGUUAAGGCAAAUACAAUAUUUAUUUAUGGUUUACUGUAAGUUAGCUAUACUCGUACAAUGAUUAAACGAAAAAAA